AUGGUUGUAAAAUCGUCGAGCCACGGGUUGGCAUUGCUUCGCAGUAAACCUGGUUUUGCAGCCAACGAAGAGCACGNNGGUGGACAAGGAUGUGCAGGCUUGUUCGUCAGACGCGAUCCAACCACACAAAGAAUCAUCGAACGUAUGGUGGUCAAGGAAGAACUCAAUGUAAGCGCUAAGGCUUGGGAGGAUGAGUUUGAGUUCUACGGUCCCAAGAGAGAUAUUCCGAAAGAGCAGUACAUGAGCAUGGUUAUGCCACAAGAUUCGAAGAACACGAUCCGCAUCUGGGGUUCUCGACUUUGCCGCGAGCAAAACAGCUUUCGAGUGUAUAUGGACUAUUGUCCAGGAGGCGACUUAAGAGAUCUCUUCGACGCGUAUUUUGACAGAGCUCCUCCUCGGCUUGAAUUCCCCGAGCCGUACCUUUGGAAACUCUUCCAGGAUCUUGCUCGAGCUGUACAUGCCAUGGAGAGUUUAUCUGGACAUGGAUUGGAAGGAGAUGAAGCCAUAGCUCACAUUGAUUUCAAGCCAAGUAAUACUAAGGCAUCUACUAGUNUGGGUGACUUUGGUGGCGCAAUGAUAUGUUCGCCCCAGGACACUGCGGAAGAACAUAAGAAAAAGUUUGACAGCAGUAAGUCAGUCCAAUGGAAGCUCAGGAUCAUGAAGUUGCUGAUAGUAUCCGAAGUUUCGACAACCGUUGGCUAUAUUGCUCCUGACGUUGAGCGGUUUUUCAAAAACGCCAGCGCGAAUAUCAUCCCGGUCAGAGACAGAAGACCUGGUAUUACUUUAGCGGAUGUACCCAAAAGGGUGACUUCUGCCACCAAUGUUUGGAAUGCUGCUUUGAUCAUUGCAGAUCUCAUGGCUCCGCAGCGUUUCGACCCGCCGGCAUUUGAUUCUCAGGUCUAUGCUGCUCGUGAUACGUGGAUUGAUAACUUUGUCAAUCAGAAAGAUACCCAUCCGAUCUUACGACGCUACAGCUCAUUGCUCAAAGAUACAGUUAUAGAAUGUCUCAACUACAACCCCAAUCAGAGGCCGACGCCAAUAGACCUCCUUGCAAAACUCGAUCACGGCGUGAGUUUGCAUGCUAGUGUCAUGCAGACUAAAGACUGCCUCGACACUACAAAAUAUAAUGGCGAACACGACCUUGACCCCAGCAUCCCAUUCGUAGACGACUACCCUGUUACACAACCAGAGGACUGGGAUAUGGAUUUUGCUGAGGCCAAAUCCAUGAGCAGAGAAAAGCCAAUGCCAUUCACGCCUCAAAAGAAACCACAGAAUCACCCGCAAUCUAUCACCACAGCAGCAGGCGCUCCUCAGGACACGCCAGCGCAAGGUUUUUUGGUCGGUCCAAAUGCAGGACAGUUUACUCAAAAGUUCUAUGAUCCUGCUGCAGACUAUGAGCAAGUCGAACAUUCUGUCCGUCGGUCCAACUUCGUUGAUCAAGAAGGCCUGCUCCAGGCUCUUGACGACGAAAUGGGUUGA